AUGGCCGUACCGGAUCUUGGAUCGUGGAUACCAAAUGUUCACCGUGUGCAAAAUGUCUCUGAAAGUUUUUCAACGCAGUCCCCAAGAUCUUCCCUCUUCGACACGACAAAUAUUUAUGUCGAAGGGCUCCUCACCACUAACGAGCUCCUUAAGCAAGCCAAAGUGCCUUUCUGGGAUAGUCAAUCUUUGAAGCAACUGCUCUCCGGAGGUAUUGGGGCAGGGUCCCAAGCCACAGUGGCUUCGGGUUGGAACUCGAGAGAUGUACUGGCACCAUCACCUAGUCAGUCUCCGGACGUUGUGAUCAAAAGAGUCCGACGGAGCGGGGAGGCAGACACCGAGUAUCAGCAAGACUUGGAAGCUGUGUUGAGAGAACUGCAUGUCCUUUGUCACAAUCCUCUCAGAAAUCACCGCAACAUCAUCCAGCUCACCGGGUACGGUUGGGAAGAUGCAAUCACUUCCCCCAUACUGAUACAGGAAAGAGCGGAAUACGGAACUCUUCCUCAAUACCUCUCCAGAUUUUUUCCGUUUGCAGUGGACGCGUACACCCUCGACAGCUAUUGGAUGAGCGCAUUGGCAAUCUGCAGGGACAUCGCUACCGGUCUACAAGCGCUACAUGCGAGCGACAUAGUCCACGGGGACGUCAAACCAGAGAAUAUUCUCGUUUGCCUCUCCGAGGAGAAGAGGAAAAAUCUAUUAGACAAGACCUUCUUCGACUUGGGCGCCGUAAAAUUCGAAGGUAAUGUCGAUGAGUUAGUGACCGCAAAGUUAUCCGAUUUUGGUCUCUCCCUUUUCGAUCUUGAGAAUGGUGUUGGGCAGUAUCAAGGCACAAAGCUGUGGAACGCCCCAGAGGUUCGACGACAAACACCGUGGCUGUCGAUGGAGGACCUGAAGAAAUGCGAUAUCUUCUCUUAUGGUUUAGUUGUCUGGGCAUCGGUCAACAAAGGGAGAUACUUCCAACCAGCGUGGAUGAACAAUCAACCUACCGAUGAUGAAGCCAAACUACAAUUCAUCGACGCAGCUGAAGACGAUUUCUUGCUCCAGGAGGGGCUCAAGGUUAUUGAACGCUUCUCUGACGAGCCAAAACCUUUCUUCCGGAAACUGUUGAGACAAACUCUCCAGAGCAAGUCGCACUUGAGAGGUUCAAUUGAAAACAUAAUCGAUAUCAUGGAUGAGCACAUAAGGUGA